AUGAAGGGAAGGGAUUUGUUGCAAAGUGCCCUCCCCUCCUCCAGCUCCCUCAGCACGGGGGCAGCGCGAGGCCCUUUGUCCGGAAUAGGCGCGGCUCCUAUUGGCUGGCUCCGGACAGCUCGGUAUUCGGACUGUCCAAUAGACAGCGCUGGAGGACCGGAAGCGCUCUGGUCCUCCAGCCAAUCAGAGCGUGUCUAUCGUGUGAAUGCGGAAGUUAUUGCUGCUGCUGCUGCUGCAAUAACAUUCCUCCAGGAGACACCAUCAGGGGGUUCUGUGUGUGUGGGCACUUCAGGCUCCAGUUCAUCAUCCAACCUGGAGGGACACAAGGACAACAGCACCGUGGAGAAGCCAUGGCAGUGUGGGGACUGUGGGAAACGGUACAGGUAUCCGUCUGAGCUGGAGAUUCAUCGGCGUGUCCACACCGGGGAGAGGCCACACAUCUGCAUAGACUGUGGGAAGGGAUUCGCUCAUUCGUCUGGCCUUUUGAGACACCGGCGAGUUCACACCGGGGAGAGGCCGUUCACCUGCUCAGACUGUGGGAAAGAAUUCAGUCACUUUUCCAGCCUUCAGAAGCACACGCAAACUCACACAGGAGUCUUGCCUUUAACCUGCACGGAGUGCGGGAAGGGAUUCAGUUCGUCAUACAACCUGCGGCUCCACCAGCGGGUUCACACCGGGGAGAGGCCAUUCUCCUGCUCUGACUGUGGGAAAGAAUUCAGUCACUCAUCCGGCCUGCAAAGACACAAGCUAAUUCACACAGGGGUCUUGCCGUUCACCUGUUCAGUGUGUGGGAAGGGAUGCAGUUCAUCAGAUAGCCUGCGGAUCCACCAGCACAUUCACACCGGGGAGAGGCCAUUCUCCUGCUCCGAGUGUGGAGAGAUAUUCAGCGAUCCAUCCAGCAUGCGGAGACACCGGCGGGUGCACACCCGGGAGAGGCCGUUCACCUGCUCUGAGUGCGGGAAGGGAUUCACUCAAUCCACUGGCCUCAGGAUACACCAGCAACUUCACACCGGGGAGAGACGGUUCACCUGCUCUGACUGUGGGAAGGGAUUUAAUCAGUUGGCCCACCUGUUGGUCCACCAGCGCAUUCACACCGGGGAGCGACCAUUCCCCUGCACCGUGUGUGGGAAAGCAUUCAGGGAUUCAUCCGCUGUGCUCAAACACCAGCGAAUUCACACCGGGGAGAAGCCAUUCACCUGCUUUGUGUGUGGGAGGGGAUUUAUCCAGUCAAGCAAACUGCGGAGACACCAGAGAGUUCAUCAGUGAAGACAGCAGUUGAAUCCUGCUGUUCUUGCUGCUGAGAAUCACGUCCAGGACUGGACCAGUGGGUGAAGUGGGAGUGUCAGGGGGCUUUAUAUUCCAGUGGGGCUGAUGCUCUCUCAGCCUGGGAGUGCACAUUUCCUCUGAAAUGAUCCACAGAAGCUGAUGAACAACGUUUACUUUCUCCUGGUUAGGAAACAGAGUUUGCCUCCCACUGCAGGUAGAUCUAAAGUCGACCCAGUGAGACCAUGACAUCGGGGAGCAGGAGUACACCAUUCAGCCCAUCCAGCCUGCCCCACCAUUUUGUUCCAUCGAGGCUGAUCGCAUCCCGGCUUCAACUCCACUUUCCUGCCUCCUCUCCAUAACCCUUCUACCCUAUAUUGAUUAAACAUCUAUCUCCUCUUUAAGUUUAUUCCAUGUCCUGUUGUCCACAGCACUCUGGGGGAAGGAAUUUCACAGAUUAAUACUGCUUUGAGGGAAGUAAUUUCUCCACAUCUCUGUUUGAAAUCUGCUAUCCCUCAUCCUAACACUAUGACCUCUUAUUCUAAAUUGCUGUAGGAAGUGAACUAUUUCUCCAAUGAUGAGAAAAUGAGUAAAGGUGAUGCGUAAGCUGAUGUUGUUCCAUUUGCCAGUAUUGGGCCCAUAUCUCUCUGAUCCAUGUCAAAAUGUCUGUUCAAUGUUGUAAUUACAGUCACCUCCACCACUUUGUCUGGCACUCGUUCCAUACACGCACCACCCUCUGCGAAAAGGCUGCCAGUCAGAUCACUUUUAAAUC